CAGGUGCCUCGCGGUGCAGCCGGGUCGCCUUCCAGCCCUUCCGCCUCCCGACCAGGGCCCGCGCCUCGUCCCGCCUCUCUCCCGCCCAGCCAAAUGCAGGCCGCCGCCCUCCCUGAGGAGAUCCGUUGGCUCCUGGAAGAUACUGAAGAGUUUCUGGCAGAAGGUUUGCGGAAUGAGAACCUCAGCGCUGUUGCAAGGGAUCACAGAGACCAUAUUCUACGGGGCUUUCAGCAAAUCAAAGCCAGGUACUAUUGGGAUUUUCAGCCCCAAGGGGGAGACAUUGGACAGGACAGCUCUGAUGAUAAUCACAGUGGGACUCUUGGCCUGUCCCUCACAUCCGAUGCACCCUUUUUGUCAGAUUAUCAGGAUGAGGGGAUGGAAGACAUCGUAAAAGGAGCUCAAGAACUUGAUAACGUAAUCAAGCAAGGAUACUUGGAGAAGAAAAGCAAAGAUCAUAGUUUCUUUGGAUCGGAGUGGCAGAAGCGAUGGUGUGUUGUCAGCAGAGGUCUCUUCUACUACUAUGCUAAUGAGAAGAGCAAGCAGCCCAAAGGGACCUUCCUCAUUAAGGGCUACAGUGUACGGAUGGCCCCCCACCUGCGAAGAGAUUCCAAGAAAGAAUCCUGCUUUGAACUGACCUCCCAGGAUAGGCGCAGCUAUGAGUUUACAGCUACUAGUCCAGCAGAAGCCAGAGACUGGGUGGAUCAAAUAAGUUUCUUGUUAAAGGAUCUGAGCUCCUUAACCAUUCCAUAUGAAGAGGAUGAGGAGGAAGAAGAAAAAGAAGAGACAUAUGAUGAUAUUGAUGGUUUUGACUCCCCAAGUUCUGGUUCCCAGUGCAGACCCACUAUCUUGCCUGGGAGUGUGGGGAUAAAAGAGCCUAUAGAGGAGAAAGAAGAAGAAGAUAUUUACGAAGUCUUGCCAGAUGAAGAGCAUGAUCUAGAAGAAGAUGAGAGUGGCACUCGACGAAAAGGAGUAGACUAUGCCAGUUACUACCAGGGCCUAUGGGAUUGCCAUGGUGACCAGCCAGAUGAACUGUCCUUCCAGCGGGGUGACUUCAUCCGCAUUCUGAGCAAGGAGUAUAACAUGUAUGGCUGGUGGGUGGGAGAACUGAACAGCCUCGUUGGGAUUGUUCCAAAGGAGUAUCUCACCACUGCCUUUGAAGUGGAAGAAAGAUGAAACCCAGGAAAUAUAUUCUUCCCUCUCUCCUGCCUUUAUGAGGAAGCUGAUCAUCAAAAGUUCCCACUGCCUACUUCUGCCACCCCACCAACGCCUUGGACUCGUCUCUUUGCUGAAGAGACCCAAGUCUCUGACACCUCAGAGUGACUGUAAGCUACCAGUAAGACAAGUGGGAAGAGGCACGUUCAUCAAACCUGUUACUAAACCAGCCUAGUCAUAGCUCAUCCCCAUCUCUAAAUGUGUCCACACAUCCACAUCUGCCUUUUCCACAAGCUUUUCACAAAGAAGGUGAGAGAGAAGGAAACCUUGGGAGGAGGACAUUGCUGGUUAUUCUGGCUGGUUUGACAAGCACAAAUAAACUUGAGAUGUGGUUCCUUGCCA